AUGGGAGUGUCUGACCACUGUUCUGUUGACGCACUCAACAUGCAGUUCGCCAGUUGGGUGCAGCAGCAGCAGAAGGAGCAUAUUGACGAGCUGUGGAGCGAUGGGGUGCAUGACUACAUUGACCAUGCCACCACCCUCAUGGCCACCUAUAAGGAUGUAGUUGACUGGAUUAAGUCCAAAUCCGCCUCUCCACCGCCUUCCACCGCGCCAACUGCGCCUACAACCUCAUUCAACGCCCCUGCGUUCACCACAUCCCCAUUCGCCUUCUCCCCAGCAACCGCAGCAGCACCCACCACUACCACUGCCAACACCACUACCACCAAGACCGGCAACAUCCCCACCAGCUUCACCACUGGCACCACCACUGGCACCAUCAGCACCGCCACUGCUCCCUCCAUUCCCAUGUUCGGGCCUGUAGGAGUCAACAUGUGGUCCCCUCGACCUGGCGCCCCUCCCCCCUUCCCUCCUCCUAGCGGCUUCUUCUCACCUUCCUCCUCCAAUCCCCCCGCUGCUGCUCCUGCUGCCGUUGUCGGCACUGCCAGUUUCGGCCUUGCCUCAACAUCCUCUCCCACCACUGGCACUGUCAGCUUUGGACUCACGUCCUCUCCUACUGCUCCUGCUGCUGGUUCUCCCCCUGCUGCUGCCACUGCUGCUGCUUCAUCUUCCCCUGGUGCCGGCUCAUCUCCUCCUGCUGCUACAGCCGCUACAGCUGCUACAGCCGCUACAGCCGCUAAACCUGCUACAGCAGCGGCAGCGCCUGCGCCAGCAGUGUCCUUCUCUGCGCCCUUCUCAGCGUCAGCCAGUCCCUUCGCGUUCUCGGCUGCACCAUCCGCGGCCCCCGCAUUUGGAUUCUCAGCAGCAGCACCGCUCGCACCCAUCACUGUCGGUGGGGCGGCCAAAGAAGAGGAGGAGGAGGAAGAAGAGCAGGGACCUGGGAGUCCGUCAGUGAAGAGAGCGGAGGAGAGUGGGGUGGACAUAGUGCAUGAGGCACGCGCCAAGAUAUACGUGCAGAAGGCCAAGGGCGAGGACGGCCCGGCAUGGAAGGACAAGGGCAGCGGCGCAGUGAUUGUGAAGCUGCACAAGGGAGGGGCGUCCCUGCGCGCCUCUGUGCUGUUCCGGAAUGAUGUGGGCAAGGUGAUGCUGAACGCACCUCUCUACAAGGGCAUAACCAUCAUGCUCAAGAAGAACAACAUCACCGCCGUGCUGCAGUCAUGUCAAGAUGACACUGCUCCUGCCGGCACCACGCUUGACAAGUCCCCGAGGCCCGUGACCUUCAAGCUUGCGUCGGUGAAGGCAGCAGAAGACUUGCAAGCCGGGUUCAAGGAAGCUUGUGAUAAACUAUUCCUCUCCGCAGUCAGCUCAUCCAGCCAAAGCCUACUCUCAGCCAUGGCUGCCUUCGCUGUCUGCUCUGCCUCCGUGGUGGCUCCCACCAGCCUCUUGGCUAACAAGAGCGUUGCGUCGAGCAAGGUGUCCGCCACCCCCAUGCUCGUCAGCAACAAGAGCCGCGUUGUGAUGAGCGCGAAGAAGGAGCAGAACAUCGCUCUCCCCGUCACCGCUGCUCUGAUCGCUGCUGCCGUCAUCCCCGAGAUUGCUGAGGCUGCCCAGCCCGGCGUGUCCCCCUCACUGCAGAACCUGAUCAACAGCGUGAUUGCUGGCGGUGUUGUCCUGGGAGGCAUUGCCGUAGCUAUCGUUGGCGUGUCCACCUUCGACCCCGUCAAGAGAAAGUAA